CAGCACUGAAUUUUAUACUCUGUGGAAGGAUGCAGUGCCUCAGGGAGGAGCCAAUGACCCAGCAGGAGCACUCUCUGUUUCUGCUCAAAGUACAGAUAGGGACAGGAACCCGCCAGAAAUGUUAGGCAUCACAUGAUAGAGUGGUAAAUGGUAGAUGUUGGAGAUUGUUGGGGGGGGGGGUCUGUGUCUGUGGUCUCCAUUCCUUUCUGCAGUCACCUGAGUGCCCAGGACACUUGCUGGAAGUGGUCAGCGCUGGCUCAGAAUGUCUGAGGAAACACCUAAUAUAGGGAUUCUGUGCACGGAAGCCUGACCCAAGAGUUCCCCAAGAGAGGACGCCCUCCACAACAGGAUUGGCCACUGCUUCCUAGAGGCCGGACUCGGCGCUAGUUGGUGGAAGGGUAUUUAAGACCAGGAGGAGGAGGAGAGGGUGGAGGACAAAAUGAGUGGGCUCCCGGGGAGCAGGACCUCCCUAGGUCCCGGAGAGGCCUCCCACCCUCAGUCCCCCCUAGACACCAGGAUCAGGCAACCUCUCACCGAGGCUCGGUUCCAGCAGCUUUUCGGGGAUACGGAGCAGGAGCCUGAGCUACCUGCGGAACCCCGAUUGCUCAGGCUGUGCGGGCGAUGGAGGCAGCGAGCCCGCACUUGUUCCUGGCUGGGGGCGUGGCACCUGCUGCAGGCUCGGCUGCCCCCGCUGCGCUGGCUGCCUCAGUAUCGCUGGCGGGCCUGGGCACUUGGGGAUGCAGUGGCCGGAGUGACCGUGGGAGUUGUGCAUGUACCCCAGGGAAUGGCUUUUGCCCUCCUCACCUCCGUGCCCCCGGUGUUUGGACUCUAUACUUCAUUCUUCCCAGUCCUCAUCUACAGCUUGCUGGGCACUGGGAGACACCUGUCCACAGGAACGUUUGCAGUGCUCAGCCUCAUGACAGGCUCUGCAGUGGAGCGCCUGGUGCCUGAGCCUGUUGCAGGAAACCUUAGUGGAAGUGAGAGGGAACAAUUGGAUGCUCAGCGAGUUGGGGUGGCAGCAGCUGUGGCCUUUGGGAGCGGGGCACUGAUGCUGGGGAUGUUUGUGCUGCAGCUGGGUGUCCUAUCCAUCUUCCUAUCCGAGCCCGUGGUCAAGGCGCUGACCAGUGGCGCCGCACUGCAUGUCCUCGUGUCCCAGCUGCCAAGUCUUUUGGGGUUGUCUCUCCCACGCCAGAUCGGCUGCUUCUCUCUCUUCAAGACGCUGGCCGCUGUGCUCACAGCUCUGCCCCAGAGCAGUCCAGCCGAACUGACCAUCUCAGCGCUUAGCCUGGCGCUACUUGUGCCAGUCAAGGAAUUGAACGUGAGAUUCCGGGACAGGUUACCCACUCCGAUCCCAGGGGAAGUUGUCAUGGUGCUUUUGGCCUCUGUGCUCUGCUACACCUCUUCCCUGGACACGAGAUACAACGUCCAGGUAGUGGGGCUGUUGCCUGAAGGAUUUCCUCAACCCCUUCUCCCCAGCAUGGUGGAGCUGCCCAGGAUUCUGGCUGACUCUCUGCCCAUUGCACUGGUUGCUUUUGCUGUAUCCACUUCGCUGGCCUCCAUCUAUGCAGACAAGUAUAACUACACUAUUGAUCCCAACCAGGAGCUCUUGGCCCAUGGUGUCUCCAACCUCCUUUCCUCCCUCUUCUCUUGCUUUCCUAACUCAGCGACACUGGCUACCACCAGCCUACUAGUGGAUGCUGGUGGUAAUACACAGCUGGCAGGCCUCUUCUCCUGCAUGGUGGUCUUGUCAGUGCUGCUAUGGCUGGGGCCCUUCUUUUACUAUCUGCCCAAGGCUGUCCUGGCUUGCAUCAACAUCUCCAGCAUGCGUCAGAUGUUCUUCCAGAUGCAAGAGCUCCCGCAGCUAUGGCAUAUCAGCCGCAUGGAUUUUGCCGUAUGGGUGGUCACCUGGGUGGCUGUAGUGACCCUGAACGUGGAUCUGGGCCUGGCUGUGGGCGUGGUCUUCUCCAUGAUGACAGUGGUCUGCCGUACCCAGAGGGUGCAGUUCCUGGCGCUUGGACUGGCUGAGGGGACUGAACUCUACAGACCACUCAGAGAAAGUCACAAGCUCCUCCAGGUCCCCGGUCUCUGCAUCUUGAGCUAUCCAACACCACUCUACUUUGGGACCCGAGGGCAAUUUCGUCGCCUCUUGGAAUGGCAUCUGGGGCUUGGAGAACAAGGCAAGGAUUCUCCAAAGCCAGAUGGCCCUUCUGAUGCAGCUGCUGAACCUGUCAGAGUGGUGGUCCUAGACUUCAGUGGUGUCACCUUUGUAGAUGCUGCUGGAGCCAGAGAAGUGGCACAGCUCGCCAGCCGAUGCCAGGAUGCUGGGAUCCACCUUUUGCUGGCUCAAUGUAAUGCCUCAGUGUUGGAGACAUUGGCCCGGGCAGGACUUCUGAACAGAGUGACCCCAGAACAACUCUUUGUGAGUGUUCAGGAUGCAGCUGCACAUGCGCUGGAGAGAUUGGUAAGGGAUAAGAGUGUCAGGAGUGGGAAGCAGGUGUUGGGCUAGAGAAGAGUGGAUGAAGAAGACUUAGGAAAAGGAUGAGGAGAAAAAUCAAGGAGUAGCUGGGCACCAGUGGCUCACAUCUAUAAUCCUAGCUACUCAGGAGGCUGAGGUCUGAGGAUCUUGGUUUGAAGCCAUCUCCAACAGAAAAGUCCAUGAGACUCUUGCC